CAGCUUCUGCUUCUUCUCGGGCUUUUUGCCGCCGCCAGGCUCAUUCAGUUUCUUCAGUAUAACGGUAUACGUCGACAGCGGAGCAACGCAGCCCAGAAGUCGAGUCCCCUCCGCAUAUAUCCUCACAUCCAUAUGUCCAUCUGAGCUUCUCCGCCUGGAAUCUGUGAGAAAAGUGCACCCUUUGACAUUUUUAGCAGCCGGUCCGGUGCAGCGUAACCCUUACGUGGCCACCAAGUGCCUGCAAAUCCGCGAAAAGUGCAGUUGGCUCAGGUUAUUAGCCACAAAUAUUGCACGCCCACGCGAAAGUGCAAAAGUUCGGGGAGCAACCACCAGCAGCUGCCACUUGGAUAUAUUCGCAAGGGUGUGCGAGUGUGGGUGUUGAAAAUCAAUAACCCUCGUCGACGUCGUCGUUCUGGCCAAAGCCCCAUUAACCGGCCAUAUGGCAGUGGUGGCAGUGGUCGUUCAGUGCUAGAUAGAUCCCCUUCGCAAGCAAAUUGUGAGUUCUCGAGAAAUCCGCAAGUGCAGGUGCAAGUGCAAGAUGGCGGCUCGCCUCGAAAUCACCGUUAGCUUGGCGCUCGCUGCAACGGUACUCUGCAGCAUAUUGGGUCAUUGCGAAAUGUCCGUUUACCCAGGAUUGCGCCGUCGACCCAUUCAGCCGCCCGUGAUGGAUGCGCAGAGUGAGCAGGAGUAUGCUUUCCUGGCCCAGAUGAUGGAGCAAUACGCCCGCCGUCGGCUGCAGCAGCAGUUCGACCAGCAGCUGCACGAAAUCAACCUGAAGAUGGAUCGCCAGCGGCAACUCUUGGAGGAAGAACGGUACCGUCAGCGGCAGCAGCAGCUCCAGGUACAGCGCGAGGCGGAGGAGGACUACGAGUCCAACGGAAACAACCUGAACCAGCAGUACGACCAGUACGACAACGCGGAAGCAGAAGCCAGCUACGGCAGUCCCAUGGAGGCGGUGUCGGAUCUCCAAAGUCCUCCUCUGUACCUCCCCCGGCUGCCCAACCUUCCGCCCCUGCCCAGCCUUCCGAAUCGGCCCAGCUUGAGCAACUCCCCCAACCGGAACAGCGUGCUCCGCGAGCGGAUUCCCUUCGCCGUAGGUCCCAACGACGCCCGCUUCUUUGACAACCCAAACGACCCUUCGGGCGAGCUGGAUUCCCGGGCGUUGGAGGACUACGAGGAGUAUGCUCCCAUUGAGCCCACCCCCGAAGUAGCCACCACGGCCAGUAAGAUCAAGAUCGAUACGCCUGUGCCGGCUCCUGUGCCCGUUGAGCCGCCCAAGCUGCUGGACGCCGCCAACGCCAACUUCCACCGCAUCAAUCCUCAGUCCGCGGCCGCCGCCGCCGUGGCGGGAGUGAAUAUUCCCCAGACCAAAGAACAACCGCCCCAUGAACUUAACGCACUGAUCAACAAGCUGCAAAAGCAGAGCAAAGCGCCCUCGCAUUUGACGCUGGUUAACGGAGGUGAUAGCAGUCAGGAGCAGAUUGUGCUGCGCCAGCACUUGGGCAUGAACAGCGAGAUGGGGGUGUACAUAGUGGCCCUAAUAGCGGGUGUUAGUGCAGCGGUGACCGUUGGGCUGCUUGCCCUCGGAGUAACUUGGUUCCAUAAUCGACACAAGGCAGCUGCGGACGUGGAAUACCCAGCCUACGGCGUUACCGGGCCAAACAAGGAUGUGUCGCCUUCCGGUGACAGGAAGCUGGCCCAGAGCGCCCAGAUGUACCACUACCAGCACCAGAAGCAGCAGAUCAUCGCCAUGGAGAACCAGGCCACGGAUGGUAGCUGUGGCAUGUCAGACGUGGAGAGCGACGACGACAACGAGGAGGGCGACUACACGGUGUACGAGUGCCCCGGCCUGGCUCCCACUGGUGAGAUGGAGGUGAAGAAUCCGCUCUUCCUGGACGAGACGCCGGCCACGCCGUCGAACAACCUGUCGUCCCAAGGCACUGGAGCUGCCAAUGCGGCAACCGCCACCAAUAACAACAUCACGCAGGCCACCCCCCAGCAGCCGGCCACCCAGAAAAAGGGAACGGUCAAGCCGAACAUCAAUCUCCUGAACGCCACGGGCACUGCAGCAGCAGCAGCUUCAGCUGCUUCAGCCGCUUCAGCCGCAUCAGCAACCACAACGACCGGAGGGGAGGAGCCCAAGCAGAAGCGCAAGAGCAAGAAGUAAGGUGACUGGACUUUGUUUUCCCUCUUGGGGCAAUUGGUAAAGUUUGACUGAUCCAUUGUCAGCCAACAGACACAUCCUCUUACACAGAUUCAGAAACAGAUCAGACUAGGUGGUAGAGCCAUAUAUAUGAAUUCCUAACAGACACUCCAGGGAAUUUAAUUCCAGGAGCCGAGCAAACCACACACACAACACUCAGCUAUCUGUCACUAUUCUUCCCUAUAUGCAUAAGUCCCGUAAUGUAAUGUAAUUGCUAUGCAGUAAGAAUAGCUCCCAGCACGCCAGAGCCAGUGAACCGUGAGUUCCCCAAGCCCAAACCCAAUCCCAAUCUGAAUCCCAACCCCAUCCGCCCACUUUCCAUCCGCUGUCAGUUGCACAACGCUGAUGAUUCUAUUACGAUCCGGCAUGCGUAAUCCUGUCCUGCACAGCAGCGUGGGUUAUUGUAUAUGAACUUUUUUUGUCUCUGCGAAUCGUUGGAUUUGAGGUCUGGAGAAGCUAAGGAGCUAAGCAGCUACGGAGCUACGGAGCUCAGGAGGAGGGACAACCAACCGAAGCAAACUAACAUAUUAUAUUAUUAUAAAUAUAUGUAUACACACACACAUAUUUAUAUAUAGAUAUAUAUUCAUGUAAUUAUUGUAUUAUAUACACGGAGGCGGACACCUUUUUACUUACCUGUCUGUGUGGUGUACUAUCUUCUCUCAUUUUUACUA